AUUAGGUAUAUAAUCAAAGUCGGGACAGAUUCGCAUUUCUUUAUAGUUUUUAACGGUUGUCCAAAACUUGCGCUUUUGAUUAUUCAUCACAAUGGCGUUGAAAAUGAACGAUAUGUGUAUAAAACACAUAUAAAUCACAUACGACGCUCAACAUAUAACGUAUUUAUUGAAAUAAGUUAAAGCACGCACAUAAAUCAAUAUUUAAUCGCACUUCCAUAGAAAAUCAACAUUUAAAUAUACAUAAUAUGUUCUUUAAUACUUAAUAGUUUAAAAUAUAUGUUUCUUGUUGUCAAAUACAUACUUAUUGCUGAACUAUUUCUGUGUGUUGGUAGAAUUAUACAGACAGGUUAUUCAAAUUAAAAAAUAUCGAACGAAGAUUUAUCCUCUUACAAACCAUGAGUUUUGUCACCUGUGCCUUUUUCUCAGCCCUUAGCUCUUCUCGUAUAAAGAUGCUCAAGGUAGAGUGCGGUAAGCAAUGCAUCGAUGGAACGCAAAGUUAUGGGCUCGUCUAGCAAACACAGUGGUUUGAGUUGGCGUGGCUAUAGUGUGGUUUCAGUUCUUUUAGUGACACUUCUGCUUGUCAAGUCAGCGAGAGUCUAUCAACAAAGAAGCAACAGCUAUUCCAGAAACCAUCUAACAGGCCGUCAAGUUCCGUUGCAAUUCCCCGGAUAGAAUAUCUAGUUCAAGAAGGCAUAUUUUUCCGUCACCAAUAAGUACUUUCGGGAAUCAAGAUGCAGUUACAGUAACAAGGUAUUCUCCAACUUCUGGGAUAACCCAACUGCAAACUCGUCAGUCAGUUCCUGUGCAUCGUUUAGCUAAAAAUAGCAACAAUAGAUAUCAAUUACUUACCCCCCACUCGCCAGCAACAUACAGACCAAGCAAUGCACCAAAACUGAUUUAUCCUACCAAACACGUCAUGCCAUUCGUGCAACGAAAUAGUGUCCCGGGGCGUAAAUUCACUACGGACAACGCUGAAGCAAGACAUCGGGUCCAAAGCAUCGCUGCUGGCGGCAAACCUACGCGCUUAUCCCGGCGCAAGUACGGCAGAGUUCGGUCUCCGUAUCCCUUGAGAUUUGGCAUACCAGUUUCUGACAGUUUGGUGCGAAAACCGUUUAGAAAACGGACAAGAAUUGUCGUAUCAAAGUAUAGACCAAGACCAACAACACGAGAUGUGAACACCAAUCGUAUUCAACAACCAAAACAAACCGUGGAAAUGACGCCGAUGACCCCCAGACGACGGUUCAAUACAUUGGUUGCUCCUCCUGGGUUUAAAAUCACACCUAUCAAUAACACAACAAAGCAAACCAAAUUAUCAUCGAAAUCCAAAGCGGCAAACAGUCGCGUUCUGACCCGGCCCACCGAACCACACACAUCACAAACUAUUAAAGACACAGUUGGCCCCAGGGUUAACAACCCUACACACCCAUCGUCCACUGCCGUGCUGAAAAUUCGCACCACAUCUGUGAGCGAGGCACGGCAGCUUUUGACAAAUAUUGGCACUGGAUUCAAAGUGCGAAUUGUUAAAACGCCGACAAACGAGACUGAAAAUGAGGCCGAUAUUUCAGGAAAUAAAACGGCGACAGCGAACCGUCGAGAUACAUCUGGGUAUAAAGUACGAUGGUGGAAAGGUGAUCACGUUUGUCUGGAGGAAAUUGGUGGCCUGUACGGACUCGGGGAAGAAAUCAUGAAACGAAUUAAUGUGGUUGAAACAUGCGUGGAAGAAGACGCACAAUACAUUUGCACCGAGAAGUUUGGUUCUGGUAUCAGGGCGCCACGGAAAAUCAUAAUAUACGAGUGUUGUGAGGGAUACACUCUCAACUUAAAGCGAAAGGCAUGUGUACGUGGUAGCAUAUACCGUCCAAGCAAUAUCGUAUCCUCGGACACGAAUUGGGUGAACAGACUUACACAUGCAGAUGCAUUAGCUGUAAGACGCCAAGUAGAAAUACAGCCACAAUUUUUAACAAUAUUCAUGCCAAACGAUGAAGUCGUAUCUAGAACGCUUUCUUUCCAAAACGGAAGUGACGACAGUUAUCAAGUAGAACAAUUUCUUGAAAACCACGUGAUCCCAGAUCAAAAGUUAUUAUCCACACAAAUCAAAAACGACCAAACAUUUCAAGCAGUAUCCGGCAACCAAAUUAGAAUAAAUUUCUUUCCUUCCGAUUUCGAGGAGACGAUGACAGUAAACUGCAGGAAAAUAACCGCUCGUGACGUCACAAACGAUAACUCGGUUGUUCAUUUUAUCAAUGACGUCAUCAACGAAGUUCCUGGAACGAUUUAUGAUGUCAUCGCCUUGCAACCGGAAAAGUUUUCCACUCUAAUCUCAGUGAUGAGGAAUGCAGGUUUGGAUGAUCUACUUCGGGAUCCGAGUAAUAACCUCACUCUAUUUGCUCCGACCAAUCAAGCUUUUAUAGACGCUUCAAUAAACAAUCAACCUGGCAAAUGCUUGAACGCAUUGGCGCGUAACCACAUUUUAAGUCACGUGUUUUGUACUCCCGCAGUUGAUGUUUAUGAGAAGAACUACACAACACUCUAUGGUAAAAAUCUCACCGUUUUUUACGAUGGCGCAGUUUACGUCGACACCGCUGAGGUCACCUCUCAUGACGUCAUGGCCUUAAAUGGAGUGGUACACGUCAUUGACUCUGUGUUGAAACCAGUUGCAGUUUCGUCAGUACUUGAUGUGCUGGAAAGUGAUAGACAACUAUCCACAGUUAUCAGCAUGUUCAAUACUGCAGGAAUUAGAACUUCUCUCGCCACAGGCAGCAACUUCACUUUGAUAGCUCCAGUAAAUAAAGCUUUUAAGAAGCUGAGUUCGUUGGAAAAGACAAAACUUCUGCUUGACGCUGACCACCUACGUAACGUUCUCAUGUUCCACGUGAUACCUCGCAUUGUGACGUCGGACGACCUCCAAUCACAUGAUGCAUUGGAAACUUUGAACCCACCAAUGACAAUACGAAUCACUCGGUAUGUGAGGGUUCGUAGAAUACGACAGAAUGGUCAACGUCGUGCCGUGCGCACAAGCGCCACUGGUCUCCAGUGUUCAAGAUUAAUCCGUCAAUCUUCCCAACCGUGUAACGGCGUUAUGCUUGUAGUAGACAAGGUUCUACACCCACCAAUUGGUUCUAUUCCAACAACGCUGAUGUACUCGACGAACACAAACUUCUCAAUCAUUAUAUCUGCAAUUAGAAUCACAAAAAUGCAGCGGAUUUUAGAUGGUGACGGUGACUUCACAUUUUUUGCUCCAAGCAACGCAGCCUUUGAACGAAUCCCUAGACAUGUUCGCAACCGUUUAUUCAGGAAACGUCAACUUCUGACUCGAGUCAUUCGAUUCCAUCUAAUAUCGGGGUUUAGUUGUUCUGAUAAACUCCAGCAGAGAUCCUACCGCCAUCGUACCCACCUCGGUGGAUCCGUAUUCACUUGUCCAAAGAAAAGAGGUAUUUUUCUUGGUAGAAAGCGAAAAAGACUUCGAGCAAAAGUGACGGAGUCCGACAUUGAAGCUAGCAACGGAGUCAUCCAUGCCAUCAAUAACCUUCUGCUUCCUCGCAAGUUUAAACUACUUCAUUAACGUCAUCAUGAUGUCAUGUGAUACGUGGCAGUGCCACAACUAGUAAAAGCAUCGUGCCUAUUAACGCCAAGCUAACACGAGGCUGGUAUCUCUUAUUUGCUUCGCUUGUAUUUUUUGCAUAUAUUGCCAAUAAGACGGCAAAAGUCCCUCGGACAGUGCUCAGCAUAACCUGUUACUUUUUAUUUUAUUUACCGCUUCUUAGGUUAUUGCAUCGCAAGCUGCGCUAAGUAACUCACCACGCGCCUGUUUCCCCAAAUACUGUGUCGUAUUCACCGAUCAUACCAGCAUGAUAAAAUUUCGCCAAGCGACCAAAACAUCGGGAAUUUUGGUCAACUUUUAUCAAACGUUGACCUUCUUUGCAGUUUAUAUUUACGUAUCAGCAUAGCGUGUAUACAAUUAAUAAAAGAGCCAAGCCGUUUAAA